AUGGCAAUUCCAUCUACCCAAAUCGCAGCUGCCAUCCCGCCUCCAGGGCCUAACGGAUCUUUAAGUAUACAGAUCAGCAGCACACAUCCAGUUCCCAGCCCAGGUGAUGGAGAGGUCCUUAUCAAACUUGAGUUCUCCGGAGUCUGUCAUAGCGAUGUUCACAGCAUUCGAGGCGACACUCCUAUGCUGACCGAUGUCGCGGGCCACGAGGGAGUGGGGAAAGUUGUUGCAGUUGGAUCUGGGUUGGAUGAACAACAGUGGAUUGGUCAAAGGGUGGGGAUCAGGUGGCUAUACAGCUCUUGUUUGGAGUGUGAGAUAUGUGCCAUCAACCAUACUUCGUGUCCAUACCAGAAGAAUGCCGGCGCGAACGUCCCAGGGACUUUCCAGCAAUAUCUUGUCAGCCCGGCCAUCCAUGCCACUAAGAUUCCGCCAGGACUAUCUCCAGAUAUAGCGGCCCCUUUACUAUGCGCCGGCAUCGCAAUGUAUUCUUCGAUCAAAAAGACUAAAGCACGCCCAGGUGAUUCGAUCGUCAUUCUGGGCGCAGGAGGAGGAUUAGGACAUAUGGGCGUCCAAAUCGCUGCUAAGAAAGGACUCAAGGUUAUUGCUGUUGACAAGUACGCUCUAAAAUUCCUCUGGGUAUUCAGAAGCUCCAUGAUACUGGGCCAAAAACUGACUGGAACCAGGGGUGAAAAGAAGAGAAAGCUUUGCCUAGACUUAGGAGCUUCGGAGUUCUUAGAUUUCACUGAAGUUGAUAUUGUCGAAGCUGUCAAGGCUUCUACAUCGGGGUUCGGCGCACAUGCUGUCAUUUGUACAGCCAAUGGAGAAAAGGCAUAUGAGCAAAGUAUGCAGAUGUUGCGUCGCCUAGGGACGCUUGUCUGCGUUGGUAUUCCGAAUGUUCCUUUCAAGCUACCGGUGACCCCGCUAGAUAUGAUUGUCAAAGGCCUCACCAUUGUUGGAAACUCUGCUGGCAGUGCGACAGAGAUGGAAGAGUUGAUGGAAAUGGCGGUUGCUGGGGAAAUCAAGGCCUGCAUCGAGGUCUUUGACCUCGCUGAUAUUCUGGACGUGCUGAAACGUCUUGAGAAUGCGGAGAUUGAGGGACGGGUGGUCUUGAAGAUUCCCGAAUAG